AUGAAAAAUCAAUGUUAUAAAUACCCAAUAUAUGAAAUCACAACAAGUGGACUUACGCACUCCGUAAAGACCCAAUGGGGAUUUAUUUUUCCCAUCCAAACGAAUACCUUGCAGCCAUUUACCUAUAACAUAGGCAGAAGAAUCUUUAUUAAAAGUUUCGCAAGCAUAGAAAUAAAAAAUAAAGAAAUUUCUAUUGAUUUCAGGGAUUCUGAUGGUAUUUCUUUGCUCCAUCACAAAAUUCCUAUAAGUGAGCUUUAUGAGCCAGCUAUAAGAAGCUAUUUAUGUGACCAGACAGUAAAAGAGAGGAAUAUAAAGCAUUGGCUUACUCCCCCCUCCGUGAGCCACAAAAAAAUCUUGUUCGCUCACAGAGGGGGUUAAUGUUUUUUUUUAAAAAAAAAUUAUAUAUAAAUUUUAUAGAUUUUUUUUUUUUCAAAAUUUAAAAAAAUCCCACUUCGCAAAAAUUGGAAAGCAAAUAUUAAUUUAAUUUGUAAAAUUUAUGUUUUAAAACGCAAAUCGUUUAAACUUAAGCAGAAUUAGCUAGAGAUUUCAUUAGAAUAAUUAUCACUUAUAUAUCAAAAAUUUUUUUCAUAAAAAAUUUUCUUCACGGUGGGUUUUUAGGCAAAAAUAGGGAUUUUUCUAAUGGUUUUGUUCGGAAACGGGGAGAGUUAGUUAUUGUUGGUGUUUUACUCCCCUCUACUGAUCUAUAUUUUGGUUUUCAUCAAAUUUAUAA